CAACACCAGACCAAGAGCUGAGAGCCCGGCUCAUCAGUUGGAACUAUGUUCCUACCUAAAUAGUUGUCUUGUGGAGUAACGCCCAAGCGGAACGCAAGAUAAUGAAAUAUGGAUCUUGGCCCACUAGAGGUUUCGCCGGAAAUCUCCGAAUCAAUAUCGAGGGUUAUUAAUUUGUUAAAAAUAGUGGGAGAUAAUUAAUUAAAGGCCUAAUUAAUUAUUAAACAUGAUAGAUAAACUAGUUUGCAAAAUUUUCUGUAGAUGGCAAACAACAACAACCCUUUCAACCUGCGUUACAUCUUGGAAAAUAACAAGUUAUCCGGGACCAACUUUCUUGACUGGGAGAUGAACCUCCGAAUCGUUCUUAACUGUGAGAGGAAACUCUACAUCCUCGAAACGGAUCCUCCCAAGACCCCUGAUGCUAAUGCUCGUGCGUCCGAACUCACUUCCUUCAAGAAGUUUGAGGACGACGCGCGAGAUGGAAAGUGUAUCAUUAUGGCCAGUAUGACCGCGGAGCUCCAAAGGCUCCACGCAGACAUGGAAGUGCGUCCUAUGAUACAAUGCUUAAGAGACCUUUACCACGGUCAACCCCAAAACUCAGGUAUUUACGUUAUCGAAGUCAAUAUGUCUGAUAUCACCUCUUGGGUGAUGGAUACUGGAUGUGGUUCUCACAUCUGUACUUCUAUGCAGAACUUGCAUGAAUGUAGACAAUUGACGGAGGGAGAGAUACAACUAAAAGUCGGCAAUGGCGCACUCGUCUAUGCAUUGGCCGUCGGAACCUAUAAUUUAUUCUAACCUAGUGGUCUAAUAUUGCAUUUGAAUAAUUGUCUGUUUGUACCUACUUAUGUAAAACGUCUCAUGACGUCUAGUAAGUUGGAGCCUAAAUCUGAUAAAGUAAUUUUUGUGGGAUACCCCAAGGAAACUAGAGGGUAUGAGUUCUAUCAUCCAUCCGAUAACAAAAUCUUUGUUGCUCG